UGACAGCAGCAAGCAGGCAAGUCGCACACGGCUCUCCCAGUCUCACAGCUGCUUCUUUACCGCAGUGGGCGAUCCGGUAUCCAAGCGAGAAUCCCACGCAAGGGAAAAAGGAGGAGGACAACCCCCCCCCGCCACCGUGAGAUAUUGGAGUAUCCCGGCGGCAGGUCCCCAGGUGCAGGAUGAGGAUGUUGCGCUCCGGAGCUGUCUGUGCUCUGUGCCCGCGCUAGGAACUAUGGAUGUUGCUCUUGUAACGACCUCUGCUCAUUUCAUCAGUCCGCUGCGGACAGGCAUGCUGAGAGACCCUGCUGUCAAUGGGCGAGGACGAGGACACGCGCAAAAUUAACCACAGCUUUCUCCGGGAUCACAACUAUGUGACUGAAGGCUGCCUUGACAUCAUAACAACAAGCAAUGCUGAUAUAAUUUCUACAGUUGAAUUUAACCACACUGGAGAUCUGCUGGCAACCGGGGACAAAGGCGGCCGUGUUGUUAUAUUCCAAAGGGAACCUGAGACUAAGAAUGAACCUUACAGUCAGGGUGAAUACAAUGUUUACAGCACUUUCCAGAGCCAUGAGCCUGAAUUUGAUUAUUUGAAGAGCCUGGAGAUAGAGGAAAAAAUUAACAGGAUUAAAUGGCUCCCCCAGCAGAAUGCAGCCCACUCCCUUCUGUCGACAAAUGAUAAAACAAUUAAACUAUGGAAGAUUAAUGAGCGGGAUAAGAGACCCGAGGGGUAUAAUCUGAAAGAUGAAGAAGGGAGGUUGAAAGAUCUUUGUACAGUAACAUCAUUACAGGUGCCUGUCUUAAAACCUAUGGACUUAAUGGUAGAAGUUAGCCCGAGAAGAAUAUUUUCUAAUGGACACACAUACCACGUCAACUCCAUUUCUGUCAACAGCGACUGUGAAACCUACAUGUCAGCCGAUGAUCUCAGGAUUAACCUUUGGCACUUGGCCAUCACAGAUCGGAGCUUCAACAUUGUCGAUAUCAAGCCUGCAAAUAUGGAGGACCUGACAGAAGUCAUUACGGCGGCCGAGUUUCACCCUCAUCACUGCAACCUGUUUGUGUACAGCAGCAGCAAGGGAUCAUUGCGACUGUGCGACAUGAGAGCCUCGGCGCUGUGUGACAGGCACUGCAAACUUUAUGAAGAGCCAGAAGACCCAAGCAACCGAUCAUUCUUCUCAGAGAUCAUCUCCUCGGUCUCAGAUGUCAAGUUCAGCCACAGUGGACGUUACAUGCUCACACGGGAUUACCUCACUGUCAAAGUGUGGGACCUAAACAUGGAAACCAAGCCCCUUGAAACGUACCAGGUCCACGAUUACCUUAGAAACAAGUUGUGUUCGCUGUAUGAAAAUGACUGUAUUUUUGACAAGUUUGAAUGUGCAUGGAAUGGUUCAGACAGUGUCAUCAUGACAGGGGCCUACAACAACUUCUUUCGUAUGUUUGACCGAAACACAAAAAGAGAUGUAACUCUUGAAGCUUCGAGAGAAAGCAGCAAGCCCCGGGCCAUCCUUAAACCCCGCAGAGUGUGUGUAGGUGGCAAGAGGCGAAAGGAUGACAUUAGUGUGGACAGCUUGGACUUUACCAAGAAGAUCUUGCACACGGCCUGGCACCCCACUGAGAACAUCAUUGCCAUUGCAGCGACAAACAAUCUGUAUAUAUUUCAGGAUAAAGUGAACUCAGAGAUGCACUAGGAUUAAUCUUUAUUUAAUACCAAGCUACCCUUUCCAGAGGUCUUUUCUUUGUUGGUGACCUUGAUAGGAAAGUCUUCUUGGCGGUGGGAUUGAAUGUUCUACCAUAACUUCUUGCAUUACCUCCCUAUACAGUGGUUCUUGAUGCCUCCUUGGCGGAAGAUUUAUUUAGAACCCUUGGGCCAUGUGAUUGAUUAAGAUUGACUUGGUCUUGGCAAUCUAUGGGUUUGCCCGAUACUUGUAUGCUGAAAGGGAAAGGCAGCCGUUAUCUUCAAACGUUCUUUGGAUGCCUGUAAACUCUUUCACAUUACUAUGGAUGUGGCCAUGCUUCUUACUGCAAUAAUAUUCCAUCUCAGUAACCUAGCAACACUGCAUACAUUUUAUGGUGAGCUUAAAUAUCAUUACAAAUACAGAGACAGAAAAGGAAAUAUAUAUUAAUGAUAUAUAUAUUUCUUUUUUUUUUUGGAAUCAUAUUCAUCCUUGAUAGAUCAUGCAUGAGCCAUAUUAUGACAACUUCAUGUACAGAGUCUGAGAUUUAUUUGGUUUCAUAAUAUAUUCUUUUUCUUUCAAAGCCUUAAAAAAGGGCAGGCAGGAAAUUCACACUAUGGGUGCAUGUUUAGGCACUAGCUCUUUCUUUUGUUCUCGUUUUACAUUGUGAAUGUUAUAUAAAUAUAUAUAUAUAUAUAUAUAUAUAUAUAUAUAUGUAUUAAAUAUACGGACUGACCUGAAGCAGUUCUCAAUAAAAAAAAAUGCUGAUAAUAUUUGUAUUUGCGACAUGGCGCUACUCCAUGCACAAUUGUCCAGGCAUCACGGAGCUUGCAAUCAAAGGGAGAAAUAGGGACUUUUGGAGCUGAGGUACAGUACAAAUACUCAACUCUUUACAGACAAACAGCCAACUUGAUGAAUGAUAAUGAACCUUCAUUUGGGACUUCUUCAUGUUGUAUCCAAAACAUUGAAGGUUUUCAUCCUUCCCCCAAUGUGCAGUUUCAUGUUGCUCAAAAACAUUUGUGUCUCAUGAUACCUUGAGUAUAUAAAUGUCUCUGCAAUCAAAACUGAAGCUUGGAAAUUAAGUUACGGGAUGGGAUGAUGAUUAGAAGAGGGUAGGUGAAGAUUACUCCCUUUUGGGUAGAAUAUUGGGUCCUGCUAAGUCAAAUGUUCUGGUCUAACAGUCUUCCAUUACUAUAGGAUGACGUUGGGGAGGAAUGAGGUUGUAGGAAAGUCCAUUGUCAAGAAAUCAGUGCAGCCAAGUAUUAGGUUCUCCAUAUUUCAUGGACCUCUUUCUUCCUAUAUGAUAUUUGAAUUUGCAAAACCAAUAUGGGGCCUAUGUAGAGCACAGAGAAGUUGCAAUGAUGGGAGCAACAGUACAUGUGCAAAAUGCUCUCAGUGUGCUGAGAAGAAGGCAACAUCCAUGGGAAGGCUUCUCAUAAACAAUUCUUCCAGCAGUAAUAAGUAACCCCCUUUCUAUAUCUUUCCUGUUACUUAUUACUGGGCAUGGGCAUUCUGAAGGAAUGUUUUCAUAUUCUUGCCCUGACACUGUGGCACAGUGUUUAAUGCUAUCAAUAGUUGAAAGAUAUACAGUAUAUCUCUAUAAAGGACUCAGUCAGAUAAUUGUUUACAGCAUGUAUAUAUUGCAAUCACCCUGUGAAUAACCAGACGUAUGCCUGUGCUUAAGUGGGUGGCUGAGUGGCCAUUGCCUGUCUGAAAGAUUUAUAUUCACUAUAUAAACCCCACGCGGAAUAAUAUGCAUGUUUUUAAUGGCUUAACCGGCACACCGCUACCGCUGCUUUCAAGCGCAACAAAUUUUUAUAAAGCCGUACAAUAUAUAUAUAUAUCUCUCUUGAAUUGUACACAGGACCACGCAUGUGGUCCAUGUGUUUUCUAAUGCCGUUAAAUACCCUAGUGAAGCACAACUGCAUGUGCACCCACUCUUGCCAUGGCCACACUGUAAUGUGCCGGCUUAAUUUCAAGGGUAUGAAGAAUGUCUUUUUAUACUGUAUAAGCCACUCAUUAUGGAUUUUAUCACGUGUAAAUAUUAUAUUAUAUAUCUGGUGUAAUAACAGAAUGGGGGUGGGCACUAUUAUCCAUCGGAAAGUUUGAUAUUCUCGCAUUAAAUGCUUAGAAAUAGCAUUAUUUCUUUAUUAACCUGUCAAACAAAAACGUAUUAUUGGUUAUGUCAAUUACGCGAAGGACGUCAAACUCCUGUAACUCCAUCUGUGCAUUUAUAAUUGUCCCAAUAGGAGGUUAUUUACAUUUAUCUUAUUGUAUUUACCCCCAGGAACGCAGUGUAGGGUAUGAAAAAACAUAGCCUCAUAUACAACUGUGGGAUAAUUAUGGCUACACCCACCUAACCCCAUGAAUUCCCCAACAUUUGAAGACCGACCACUGGGUGACUUAUAGAAUAUGUGGUCCAUGGGGAGUUUGACAUUUGGUUUAUAGCGUUGUUGAUCGAAACUCAGUUUUACGAGAUAAAAAGUUGCUCAGAGGCGGCUCGAUUUUUUUUUAAAUAUAUAUUUUUCCGUUGGGCAAGAGGAGAGAACAGUGUUUGUGUGACCACAGAGGAAUGGUUUGGCUUUCAAAAACUGAUUUUGGUCUGUGGCCAUACUGAUUUAUGGGCAUUUUCCUGUUUUUAUUGGCAUUGUUCAACCAUCUGUAUAUAUUUUUUUGUUGCUGCUAAGGUACUACAUUACUCCAUGAUAAGAACAACAAUGCUUUUCUCAUUAAAGGAACAGUAACACCAAAAAUGAAAGUGUAUUAAAGUAAUGAAAAUACAAGGUUCUGAUCUUAAUAAACUGGUAGAAGUGUUGUGUUUUCUUCAGGAACUCUGCUAUAGUUUAUAUAAAGAAGCUCCUGUGUAGCCACCGGGCAGCCAUUCAAGCACAGGAUAUACAGUAGAU